AUGGGAGAGCAGGAGCUGGAAGGACCCUGUAUCAAUGUGAGCGGGAACAUGAUGGUGAUUGCCGCGAACGCCAGCUUCGUUGGCUGCAGAAACAGAAUCCAGGCUGGAGAAGGAGGAGCUCUGUUCAUCCAGCGAGACUUUGUCGUCAGCAACAGCAGCGUCAAGUUCGAGAACUGCAGCGCACGCAGAGGCGGGGGCGGCCUCUGGGCUGGCGGCAACUUCUUGCAAGAAUCAGAAAGCGCGGUGGCCUUCGAGAACUGCACGGCCUUUAGUGGUGUUGGCGGAGGUGCAAACGUUUGCGAAAACUUCGCGCAGGGAGCCAAGAGCUCCGCCAUCUUCCGCAGCUGCAGUGCGAACUCUGGAGGCGGCCUCAGCACUUACGGUAGCUUCUCCCAAGAAGCGGAGAGCACGGUGACCUGCGAGAACUGUUCCGACGGCGGAGGUGCAAUCGUGGGCAAAAACUUCACGCAGGGAGCCAAGAGCUCCGCCAUCUUCCGCAGCUGCAGUGCGAACUAUGGAGGCGGCCUCAGCACUGGCGGCUUCUUGCAAGAAGCAGAAAGUGCGGUGACCUUCGUGAACUGCACAUCUGGAGCUUCGGUUGCAUCCGGGAGCCCGUUGGGCGACGAACGUGUGGGGGAGUUGAAGGCCUCGUUCCGUGCAGCGGUCACUUCCGGGCAGAGCUUCGAAGAUGGGGCAUGUCAGGCAGGUUCCGACGGCGGAGGUGCAGUCGUGAAGAAAAACUUCACGCAGGGAGCCAAGAGCUCCGCAGCGCGAACUCUGGAGUGCAAUGCCAGCAGCAUGGGCGGUGGGCUUCACAUGGAUGGCGGCAAAGGCCUCUUGAAGCUCGGCUCUGCUCACCUGACUACGAAGUCGAGCUCGGGCAUCGACAUCUCAGAAGACGAGAUGAAUUGUUCGAGCACGUUCUAUGCGAACGUCGCCACAAGUGCCGUCUUCCUUUGCCCUUUGGGCACAGGGUCGGUGGGUUUCGAAGACUUGCACGAUUUCGGUGUGCAGGACUUGCAGGAGAAACCUUGUUGCCUAGCUUGCGAUUUGCGAAUGCGGGCUGGGCAACCUAGUUUUGCCUUGCCAGUUGCAGUGACCACCAAGGCUAGGUGUGCAGGCCAGGGGACACGCAGGCCGUGCAGUCAGUGCCCCGAAGGGGCUUCCAAGUGCCUGGCCAGCGAGCUGGAGAUGCAGCCCGGGCUCAUGGUGGAGUUGGAAGACGUCAGCCGCAGCUUCCACUGUCCCAACGAGGCUGCCUGCCCUGGGGGCCAUGUAUCCCAGGGAAGGGUGCGCCGGGCAAUGUGCGCAGAUGGCUACCGGGGCCAAGGCUGCACGAGCUGCAGCGAUGAGCAUGCCAUGGCGGACAGCAGUGUGUUCUCGUGCACUGCCUGCAGCAAAGACCGUCGUGUGCAGGCGGUGCAGUGGAUCACGUUCCUGUCUCAGCGCGCCUUCCUCUUCGCACUCGGAGCUCUCAGCGCCUUUGGAGCCAAGAAGGCUGGGGACCUGAAGCAAAGCAGCAUCUACCUCAACCAGCUCAUGGCCUUUGCCACCAUCUCCAACACGAUCCUGGCUGCCGUGUUGCAGACCCAGACGGCAAAGGACAUCAAAAGCGACGCCGCGAACUUCUUCUUCAGCGCUGCUGUGCACACCGCCGAGGCAGCUUCCGGACAAGGUUACCUCCAAGAUGCAUCGCAUUGCCCAGCGCAAGAUUCAGACUUAGCCCACCUUCAAAUGGUUCCGGCCUUAGCAGAAACCGGGGCAAUCUCUUGGAUCUUUACGCAGCGCCUCCUCGCAGUGUCUUUUGUCCUACCUCGGCUACGAGAAGACCUUGUGGCUUGGUCGCAGGAUUUCCUGUUCGAUCAGACCCUCUUUGACUUCACUGCUUCACAGGCUGUGUACUGUUUCGGCAUUGCUGCACAGAAGUGA